AUGUUUCGUCUCGUGAGGCUGAGCUCCAGACAGACGCCUCACUUCCUGUCCGUCAGCAGACCUCUAAGCCACGCCCGCUGCCUGGACCUGGCCAAUCACUGCCUGGGCUUCAACGGUUGGACCUCUGACAUCAUCACUCUGAAGGAGCUCACCAACGAAGAAGAGGAGGGAUGAAGAGGAGGGAGGGGGGCAGCCGGAGGAAGGCUUAAGUUCGGCUGCCUGGUUCAGCUCUUGCUUCCCCGACACAAAACGACAGGCUGCAGGUGAGGACAGGUUCUGAUGGUUCUGGUUGUUUCAGGUCCAGAGGUUCUUCUGCAGAGACGCUGCAGAAUGCAGAGAACCGUCAGAGAGCGAGCGCUGCAGAACGCCUUCUCUGCAGUACUGCUGAUACUCACAGGUGAGGGGAAGGUGAUGGUGGAGGUGAAUCAGACGUCAGAUCAGAUCUCACCUGAGCAGCCUGAAAGGACUCCUGCAGGUAAACUCACCUGGAACCAUCAGUCAUCAUAUAUAUUAUAUUACAUUACAUUGCAUUUAGCUGAGGCUUUUAUCCAGAGAUACCUACAAUAAGUACAUUCGACCAACAAAAUACAACCUUGAAGAAAACAGAAUC